AUGGAGCUGUAUCCUAGAUCACUUUGUCGAAGUGUCUUUCUGCUUCUUCUGCUCACGCUGCUUUCAGUGAGACAGUCUGGCAGCACGUUUGUCCCGGGACGAUGUCUGUGUCCAAAAACUCAAGUAGGAGUCAGAGGUCCCCUUAAAGAGCUGUCUGUGUACCCCAAGAGCCCCAGCUGUGAUAAGAUUACAGUCAUUGUGACAAUGAAGAGGAACAAUGUACCUGUGUGCAUAAGUCCAGAGGGUCGCAUGGGAAAACAGCUGACCCGAUGCUGGAAUAGGGCUCAUAAGCUCGGUCGAAAUGUGAAACUCUGCCUCAGGAGGAAUAGGAAGCGAACAAAAGGGCAUCACCAGAGGCUACGACAAAGGCACCAGGAUCAGCAGCAGCACAGCGGGUCGACCUCCACUUCCCAGUAA